GGAGGUGCGGCCGCGCUACAAAAAUACGGCCCCGCGACUGCCGCCUGGUCUCUGCGCUGGCAGUCCGACGGCAAGCAUCUGGCUGGCAGUGGGCAGCGUAGUGGCAGUGAGGAGCGGAGCAGGAAGCGGCUCCCCUGCUCCAGGGACAGACGGGGCGAGAGGAUCCGGCCAGCAGCAGCGGAGGGCUGUGCGCUCCCUCGUGGGCAGCAGCGGCGAUCCCGCUGGAGCCUAGGCGGCCGGAGGAGGAGGAAGAGGAGGAAGGCAGGCGGCUUCCCGCCAGGGGCGGGUUACCUCUGGUAUGGCCCUGGCGGACAGCGCCCGCGGGCUGCCCAACGGCGGCGGCAUGUCGCCUGCGGCAGGAAGCGGGGCUCCGGGGAGCGGGGCGGCCGCGGCGGCGGGCGGCUGGUCGUCUUUCCCGGAGAUCGUGGAACUGAACGUGGGCGGGCAGGUGUAUGUGACGCGGCGAUGUACCGUGGUCUCGGUGCGCGACUCGCUGCUUUGGCGCAUGUUCUCGCAGCAGCAGCCCAGCGAGCUGCCCCGGGAUAGCAAGGGCCGUUUUUUCCUCGACCGCGACGGCUUCCUUUUCCGCUAUAUUUUGGACUACCUGCGGGACCUGCAGCUGGUUCUGCCAGAGCACUUCCCCGAGCGAAGCCGUCUCCAGCGGGAGGCUGAGUACUUCCAGCUUCCCGACCUGGCUCGCCGCCUAGCGCAGGCUCGAGUCGCCGCCGCGGCCCGCCCCGCCGCACUGCACCGCGACGGAUCGCUCUGCACCGACGAGCCUCCGCCGCCGCUGCUCGGCUACCUGGAGGCCGAGCCCCUGGAAGGAGUUGGCAGUGGAGCCGCAGCAUCCGCUCCGUCGCCCACCACUAGCCGCAGCCCCUCGGGUGGGCCGCUACUCACGCCCUCUCAGUCGCUGGACGGGGCGGGCGGGCGGCGCUCGGGCUACAUCACCAUCGGCUAUCGGGGCUCUUACACCAUCGGGCGGGAGGCGCAGGCCGAUGCCAAGUUCCGGCGGGUGGCCCGCAUCACCGUCUGCGGCAAGACGGCGCUGGCCAAAGAGGUCUUCGGGGAGACGCUGAACGAGAGCCGCGACCCCGACCGCCCGCCCGAGCGCUACACCGCCCGCUACUACCUCAAGUUCAACUUCCUCGAGCAAGCCUUCGACCGUCUCUCCGAGGCUGGCUUCCGCAUGGCCGCCUGCUCCUCCACUGGCACCUGUGCCUUUGCCCCCGAGCAGGGUGGUCCUGCGGAUGACAAGAUCUGGACCAGCUACACUGAGUAUGUCUUCUGCCGGGACUGAGCAUCCGCCCGGCCCCGUGGCCUGGGGGUGAGGCGGUGACCCCUGCACACCCUAACACCCACGGUCUCCUCCCAGCCUGGACGAUGUGGUGGGGACCUGUAUCCCCCUACGCUUUCUUCACCCCGGUGCCUGUCUCUAUACACAAGACAGGUCAUCCCCCAGCUCAGCCCCCACCCCUCCUGCACACAUCUCCUGAUGGCCCCGGCGACCGGAGGCCGCCACGUUGUGCCUCGGCUGCCGUGUCCCAGCUCAGCCACCGUGUGCCAGCUCAGCCACCGUGUCAUGGCUCACACGCUUAUCCUCCCUCCCGUGCCUCCCAGUAACUGUGUGGGUAGACAGGAAAGAGAGGAAGGGGAGCGGUAGACUGAGUAUGCAAAUACCCAUUCGAGGGAAGUGUGUGUGUAUGUGCGCCCAGCGCCUGCCCCUGUCUGUGCAGAAGAGCUGAGAGCUCUGUUAGGGUGUGGUGUUUUAAAAAACAUUCAUGUAGGGACUGAGGAACUUUUCAGUUGCUUUUCAGCAAUUUUUGUCGAGUUGGCAUGACACAUGGCUGUCUUUUCUCAUCCCCAUAUGCUUAAGUGAGAUUUCAUCCUCUUGGACAGAGCCACAACGGUCCAUUUUUUUCUCUCCACCCUAUCAAAGUCCUGCCUGUCUGUGAAGGACUGCCACAUAAAAGUGAUGCCUGACUGUGAGGGGUUAGCACUCCAGCUCAUACUUAUCUGUAGAGAUGAGUAAAUUUGUGGGAGGCUUGCAUGUGGCCCUUCAUGACUGGUUGCUUUUAUCUCGCCUCUCUGCUCCCUAUCUGUUUGAACCUUCUCCAAGCUUUUAAACUGGACCAGAACUUGCACAGCAGGCAUGUAAGGCUGGUGUGAAAGGACAGGUUCACUGGAUAACCAACCAUUUGAACUAUCAAGUGUCCUCAGAGACGUGUUUAUUCCUUCCACAGUUAAAACAGCAACGCUUUGAAAAAAUGAAGUGCUUGUGGAUCAUAACUUUCCUGGGUUGUGUAUAGUCCUUAUAAUUCUCUUGAAGUUGCUGUCUUACCAUAUGCAUAUAAAUCUCAAUGCGUAUUCCCUUAAGCACCCUUAAAAUGGUGGGGGUGAGAUGAAGCCAGGCUUGCCUGAAUGAAGGUAGGGGCUGCUUAAUCCUAUAUGUUGAAUUAAUGCAUAUGUACGUUAUCAGUGUAAUCAAGAGGACCCUACUUAUUGCUUUAUGUUGCUUUAUGUUUUGUCAUGUUAGUGCUGUAAAGAUCUGAAGCCAACAGAAUUUAUACCAAAACCACCUUUCUCCCCCACCUCCCCUUUUUUUUUUUUUAAAUAACUGGUUUCUUAAUUUUCAUGACAGUACUAUCAGGGCAAUGACACUGCUGAAUGUUAAAUAUUUCUUUCCAGACAAACUUAGUGCUUCUUUUUGGACAAACUUAGUACUUCUUAGAAAGGAUUAAGCUCUGGUUUUAGAAAAACAAGAAUAAUGACAAUGUUCUUAAGGGUUAAUUGCUCUUUCUAAGUUGUAUUUGGUUUGUGCUAAUAAAUUCAUGAAGACAAGGGUACAGCAAGCACUUUCCUUUAAAACCUGAACUUGAUUUUAAAACCUGCAUUGUCCAUUCAGACCUUCACAGAAAAAAUCCCCUACGUUUUGGAAACUCUUUAAUAAUAAAUUGUUUUAACUCCAAAUUUAGAAAUACUGCUGGCACUUGUAUUCUAUCCAAAGAAUUUAAAAGUACAGUUUUAAAAACAUUAGUUCCUUUACAAAGAGCUAAAGCUACACAUACCUUGAAUUUCAGUGCUCAGUCUGUGUUCACCACAUGCACAAUUGUAUUAAACUGAAAAUAGUUUGUAACACCUUGUGUUUUUUUUCCAUGUUAGCAAGAUUGUUUAUCAAUGCGACUAAAUUGAAGAUGCACAUACAAAAGUGCUGGGUAUUGUUCAUUUGUAGAUAGUUGUAUAAUGGAAUAUUUUUAAAAUGAGGGAAAUGUAUACCUGCCAAAUUAGAUGAGCAAUAAGAUAGAGUGAAGACACCAAUACAUCUGGAGACUGAAUGAAACCUGUUUGUCCUAUGCCUUACUCUGAGAUGAUUUCUUUGUGCUUAACUUAUUUAUACCACAAAUUAAAGGACAUUGAUCACAGCUACUAGGUUUUUACAAUGUUGUUCUUGAGAGUGACUCUCUUUUUCUAGUUUCUGUUUAGUAAUUAAGUAUUUUUUUUAAGAUUUUGUAUGAAAUCGUUUUUCAGUAAAGCGUUCAAAUUUAGCUCUAGAUGGCUUUCUUUUUUAAAAAAUUCUUGGGAGCGUACUAAAUCUGUCAUAGGAGCUAUGAAUAGGGGCAGUUUUAAAUUGAACUUAUGAUUUAGUGUACAUAUAUAUACAGUAUACAAACAUUUUACAGGAAUCAUUUAGUUUUUUAAUCAUUUUAGUGCUACAGAAUUUCAUAAUGUAUCUAGCUGAGCAUUUACAUAUUAUGCUGUCUACAUAACAUGGUAAUGUUUUACUGUUUUCCUGUACCUGUUUCUGUGGGAAAAAAAUCUGAAUAUCAGCUUGUAGAACUGAAAAGGGUUACAUAUUUGCUUGAUUGUGAAUCAUUACUGAACUUCCAGGUGGCUGAAUGCAUUUCUAGAACAAAGAUUGCCUGUGUUUUGAUCAAUUAUUGCCUAUCCAUUUUUCAGUAAAAAUGAGUGUAAUAAAACAUAAACAGAUUUUUUAAAAUUUCUGUAUUUGUGCUAAAACCUCUAAAUGUUAUAAGUAUUAGGAAAUGAGGCCCUUCAUUUACUGAUGACUCAUUACAUUUGGUCUUAAAAUGAUGAUUCCAUAAAUGUGAUAGUUAUUUGAUGGUUUGCCACAGAAGAUGGUAUUUUUCUUAAAUAUUACUUAUUAAUUUCAGUAAAAGUAUUAAGAGGCAAAAUUACCAGGGCAAAGUCGCUCAGGUUUGUUGAUCUCUUCUACUGAGAGCUGUAAGAACAGAUAAACAUGAUGACUAUGCUAACCUGUUGUUGCAUAGAAAGUAAAAAACCUAAUGGCACGAUACUGGAGUCCUGUGUAUGUUUUGUAGCUGUUGUUACUCACAGUUCAUGUACUUAUGGAUGAAUGCAGUAGCAUUUACAAGUGCAAUUUAAAAAAGCAAAGGCAGUCUUUCUUUGAAUUAGAAGUUAAGGAAUAGGUUUGUUCAAUGAGGCAUAUCAUGAAGGGCGACUUUGCAGAUGUUUGAUAGGAUGUUUAUAUUUUUAUACAUGUAGAUAACUAGCCACUGAAUUCAUUCUUAUUUUCACAUGUAUAGCAUUGAUAAUAAAGAUCCUCUUAGGAAAACAUUACAUGCCAAAUUAAACUCUUGUUCUUUAAAUACUGUUGUGUGGUUUAUGCUGUCCUUUUUGCUCUUGGUAAAGAUGUUGUUAGCUUUGCUGUCUCUUCCACAGCAUCAUACUCAUUACUUCAGCAAAGACUCCAUACUAAUAUGUAAAGCAGAAGCAUGAAGCAAAGAACAUGUAAUAUGUGUGUAGGAAUCUCUCAUAACACUCAUGGCAAGACAGACAAAGAUGUGUAUAAUGCACAGACUGCAUACUUUCUUUUUAAGUGUUACAGACAAUUUUAUAGUAGUAGUUAAUACAGAUUAGUCCACAGGAAACUAUACUGAUUAAACAGCUUAAUUUUAGUAUCACAGAGUAACUGUUGAAAUAAAGUGUUGAUGUUUUAUAUGAAGCCAGAGAAUAGUAACAUUGAGAAUAAUGAAAGAAACAUGAAUACCUGUGGAAAUAGAUGAUCCAAGAGAAAUGCAUCUAGAAAGUCUGCCAUUGGCCUUACUAGCUAUGCUGUGGUCUCCAGUGAACUGUAAUAAACCUGACACUUUAUGAUAACCCUGCCAUCAGUUUCACAGAAUUAGUAAUCGAUUGCUAGUGCGUGAAGCACUUCUGUGCAUAGACCUUUCCUGAGUAGCAUGGUUAGAAGGCAAAGGAACCAGCUGAAUGUUUUACCAACCAUUUUAUUUGAUGGCUGGAUAUUGAGAGCUUUGCUAUCAUGCAAUAAUAUAAGAAAGGAGGAUGUUCGCUGAGCAACAACUUUGACUGACUUUUGACAAGCUUAGAUCUUGUUUCCUUUAUACUAGCAUUUCAAUUAUUCUACUCACCUCCAUCGCUUUUAUUUCACUUCUACUACCAAAAGGCAGCAACCCAGCAAACCACACCCCCCCUUUUUUUCUUUCUUUUGCAGAGACAGCUUCUGCUAUGCUGAUGGUUAUAGCUGAAUUCUACUUUUCCCCUUCAGGGAACUAUAGGGCUUUUCCCCCUUUCCUUUGCCCAGCAAGCAUUAUUCUUGGAACUAGCAAGAAUGUAACAUCUGCAAGGAUUUUUAGUUCUUUCAGUUGUGUUUGAAAUUAUCCCUGAGCUCAGAAACUAAGAGGGACAGAUGUCCAUCCAAACAGACAGUACAAGUGUAUGAGCCUUAUUUCGUUAGGGAACAAGGCUAACAACAAAUUACUGCAAUUAAUGCCUGACACUGUCUAUAUAAAAUCUUUUGUUAGAGGAGAACGGAGUAGUGCAAGUGUUCUAAAUCCCUAUAGACUGAGGCGAGCAAUCGUGCUUAUUUUUGUGACACUGGCCAGUCAGCCUAACAAGUGGGUGGAAUAGAAUGUCUUAAAUAAUACUUCCACACUCCAAAUUUCUGCAGUGUUUCCAAGUGUGGUUUGAACAGCUUUGAGCCUUUUUGCAGCAGCCCUUCUUGACUGCUUGCUUUAUACUCAUCUGUUGGUACCUUUGCUGGAGAAACUUUUUGUUAUGAAUACGGAGGUUUUAGGAUUCUUUCUACCUUUUUGGCUGGCAGAAAUGUGCAGAAAAGUAUCUUCCAAGGGCUUGAUUUUUUUUUUUAAUUAUUACUAUUCUUAUUAUAGGAAAUCAUCGUAGUUGAAAUGUAUUAUUUAUUUAGAAAGUAUUAGCAUUUAGUUUUAUGACAGUAAAUGCUAACUUUGCUUUUAAUUAAAAUGAGCUGCAUGUGUUUUUCUCCUUGCAGUGACCUAUACUUGAUGUAAGACUGCUGCUAAACGAAACUCUUUAAUGUAUGAUUGCUGAAAUGUUAGUACUGCUGUUGCAAGUCUGUUUGGAAUAUGCCGUACAACUGCUGAGAGUCAAAACCACAGCUGGUCAAAUUAUUACAUUUCUUCCCUGUUCUACUCUCCACUGUGUUAUAACUGGAAUAAAAUUAAGCUCCGUUACACA